AUGACUGAACAACAACAAGACCGGGAGACCAAGGUCGCCAUUGUUACCGGUGCCAAUGCAGGUGUUGGAUACGGCAUCAUACAACGACUCUUGGAGCAAGAAGAGGAUAUCCAAAUCGUCAUGGCAUGUCGCAAUGGGGGUCGAGCCAGCCGAGCUAGACUUUCACUCCUGCAGCAGUUUCCAUCAGCCAACAUCAACAUUGAACUCGUGGACUUGGCCAAUGCUCAAUCCGUCUUUAGGUUUUGCGAUAAUAUCAAGUCAAGGUACACCUCUAUCAACUACUUGUUCUGCAACGCGGGUAUCUUGAGCACACUUGGCCUUAACUGGAAGGAGCUCGUUUGGCUAUUCUUUCAGGAUCCUGCUGGUUUCUUUGAGCGUUCAGAUGCUACGAUCCAAGCAACAGGCGAGAUCAACGAGGAUGGCAUGGGCAAAGUGUUUGCAGCCAAUGUGUUUGGUCAUUAUGUGAUGUUGCGUGAAUUGGAAGGAUUAUUGGAUGCAAGUGGUGAUGCACGCGUGAUUUGGACAAGCUCGUUGACUGCCGAGAAAUCAGCAUUUGAUAUCGAUGAUUGGCAAGGCUUGAAGAGUACGUUCCCGUAUGAAUCAUCCAAGUGGGCAUGUGAUUUGAUUUCUAUCAAGAGCAAUGAUCGUUAUUCCAGUGAGAACCACCAUAUCAUCUCUUUUACUACAUCUCCAGGCGUCGUUGCGAGUGCUAUUAUUGACUUGCCAAUGGUCUUGGCCAAAUUGCGUGUUGGGUUGCAAUAUGUGUAUCGAUUUUUGGGCGUCUCCUCGCAGACGAUUACGGGAUACGCGGGUGCCAUUUCGAACGUUUAUGUUGCUCUUCAGCCGCUGAAAGCACUCAACUACUUGUACCGCUAUACCUCGCUGGCAGAUCGUUGGGGCACACCCUAUGUCGAAGCAACAACAGUUUCCGAUUAUGAUCCCAUGACAGCGGAAAAGUUACUACAACAUUGCGAGCUCGCCUAUCAAGCUCAAAAGCGACUAGUGUCAUCAUCCAAGAAAUAG